AUGGUUGAGCCAACACUAAAGAAGCAAAGAACCGGCAACUCGCUCGCGCAGCUAAAGGCCACCGGCACGACGGUCGUCGCCGACACGGGCGACUUCGAGGCCAUUGCGAAGUACGCGCCCCAGGACGCGACCACGAACCCCUCGCUCAUCCUGGCCGCGGCCAGGAAGGAGGGCUACCAGGCGCUCAUCGACAGGGCUGUCGAGUACGGGCGCUCGCGCGACGGCAGCGUCGAGCAGCAGACCGAGGCUGCCGUUGACCGGCUGCUGGUCGAGUUCGGCAAGGAAAUCCUGAAGGUGGUGCCGGGCCGGGUGUCGACGGAGGUGGACGCGCGGUUGUCGUUCGACAAGGACGCAACCGUGCGCAAGGCACUGGAGAUCAUCUCGCUCUACGAGCAGCAGGGCGUGUCCAAGGACCGGGUGCUGAUCAAGAUUGCGUCCACGUGGGAGGGCAUCCAGGCCGCCCGCGAGCUGGAGUCGCAGCACGGCAUCCACGUCAACUGUACGCUGCUGUUCUCGUUCUGCCAGGCCGUGGCCGCGGCGGAGGCCGGCGUCACGCUGAUCUCGCCCUUCGUCGGCCGGAUCCUGGACUGGUACAAGGCCAGCACCGGCAAGACGUACUCUGGCGACGAGGACCCGGGCGUGCUUUCGGUGCGCCGCAUCUACAACUACUUCAAGAAGCACGACUACCCCACCAUCGUGAUGGGCGCGUCCUUCCGCAACCUCGACGAGAUCAAGGCGCUCGCCGGCGUCGACUUCCUCACCAUCUCGCCCGCCCUCUUGGAGCAGCUGAUGACGUCCGCAGACCCGGUUCCUCAGGUUCUGGAUCCUGCCAGCGCAAAGGCACAGGGCGAUGACAAGGUUUCGUACGUCGAGGACGAGCCGGCGUUCCGCUUUGCGCUCAACGACGACGCCAUGGCGACCGAGAAGCUCGCCGAGGGUAUCCGCAAGUUCUCCGAGGACAUCGUGACCCUCUUCGCCAUGGUCGAGGAGAGAAUCCGCGCAUAA